AUCGCCUGGCUUUGGACUCAAAUUCACAUUGAGAGAAGCUUUUAAAACCACCAGCCCUGAAAUCUUGCCUCCUGCUUUUCCUCCUUUCAUUCCUUUUGCCUUCCUUUUCUUUUUCCCCCUUUUCUUCCCCCAGCAGCAACUCCUGAGCUGAAAGCCUGCGUCCCGGGACGGACUGCCUUUUCUUAAUUGAUACAAUAGCCCAGCUCCGGUUUUCACCUCCUCCCCCAACCCCACCCCGCCUCACCCCUCCCGCCCGCCGCCGCCCCAGCGCCCGCCCUGGGCUCUGUCGCCGGCUGCUUCCCAUCCCGGCCUCGGUCCGCCGGCUCCGCACCCGCGCUCCGGCCACCGCGCCGCCUCGCCUGCCGCGCCCGCCUGGGGGGUGCAGCGGCGGCUCUGGGGCUCGGGCGCGCCACCCGGGGCAGCCCAGGGACGCUGGGCUUGGGCCUCUCCACUCGCCUCGGCUGGGGAGCUUUUCCCCUCGCCCCCAAAGUUACUGGGUUCGUUGGAAUUUUUGGAUUCAGAAUUUUUUCCUUUUUUUUUUUCUAGCUAGGAAUUUGAGGGGGGAACCUAUUGACCAAUCGAUCGCACUUUCUCUGUGCUACCUCUGUCUCCCCCUCUUUUUUUUUUUUUCCGAGCAGGGGAAGGGGCUUACGAGAGAGGCUCCCGCUGGACAAAGUUUUCCAAAGUUUUCCGAGUGUGAUGGUUGCGGGGAGAGCUAAUCCACCAGCUUGACUCACGGCUUCAUCUCACCACCCCUCGAGCAGCCCCUAAGUCCGCUAUAAGGGAACAAACAAACAAACAAACAAACAAAGUUACACUCCGAGUCGCCUCGUGUCUCCUCUCUCUUCUUCUAGGCAAUUUUUUUUCUCCCUUUCUCCGCUCCCCUCGCAGCCUCCACUCCCCUUCCCUUGGCCCCUUCCUCCUUCUCUGUUUCGGCUGGAGGUGCCAGGACCCCCGGCCACAGCCUCCCCUCCCCCGCCGCUCCCGUCCCUUCUCGUCCGGCCCUCCCCUCCCCCGCCGCUGCCCGCACAGCCAAUCCCCCCAGCGGCCUCCAACAUGCUCUUUGAGGGCUUGGAGCUGGUGUCGGCUCUGGCCACCCUCGCCGCGUGCCUGGUGUCGGUGACGCUGCUGCUGGCUGUGUCGCAGCAGCUGUGGCAGCUACGCUGGGCUGCCACCCGCGACAAGAGCUGCAAGCUGCCCAUCCCCAAGGGCUCCAUGGGCUUCCCGCUCAUCGGAGAGACCGGCCACUGGCUGCUACAGGGCUCGGGCUUCCAGUCCUCGCGGAGGGAGAAGUACGGCAACGUGUUCAAGACGCACUUGCUGGGGCGGCCGCUCAUCCGCGUGACCGGCGCGGAGAACGUGCGCAAGAUCCUCAUGGGCGAGCACCACCUGGUGAGCACCGAGUGGCCGCGCAGCACACGCAUGCUUCUGGGCCCGAACACGGUGGCUAACUCCAUCGGCGACAUCCACCGCAACAAGCGCAAGGUCUUCUCCAAGAUCUUCAGCCAUGAGGCCCUGGAGAGCUACCUGCCCAAGAUCCAGCUGGUGAUCCAGGACACGCUGCGUGCCUGGAGCAGCCGCCCUGAGGCCAUUAACGUGUACCAGGAGGCACAGAAGCUCACCUUCCGCAUGGCCAUCCGCGUGCUCCUGGGCUUCAGCAUUCCUGAAGAGGACCUUGGCCAUCUCUUUGAGGUCUAUCAGCAAUUUGUGGAGAACGUCUUCUCCCUGCCUGUCGACUUGCCCUUCAGUGGCUACCGGCGGGGCAUUCAGGCACGGCAGACCCUGCAGAAGGGCUUGGAAAAGGCAAUCCGGGAGAAGCUGCAGUGCACGCAGGGCAAGGACUACGCAGACGCACUGGACAUCCUCAUUGAGAGCAGCAAGGAGCACGGGAAGGAGAUGACCAUGCAGGAGUUGAAGGACGGGACCCUGGAGUUGAUCUUUGCGGCCUAUGCCACCACGGCCAGUGCCAGCACGUCACUCAUCAUGCAGCUGCUGAAGCACCCAGCUGUGCUGGAGAAGCUGCGGGAGGAGCUGCGGGCCCAGGGCAUCCUGCACAGUGGCGGCUGCCCCUGCGAGGGCACACUGCGCCUUGACACGCUCAGCGGACUGCACUACCUGGACUGCGUCAUCAAGGAGGUCAUGCGCCUUUUCACGCCCAUUUCUGGCGGCUACCGCACCGUGCUGCAGACCUUCGAGCUUGACGGUUUCCAGAUCCCCAAAGGAUGGAGUGUCAUGUAUAGCAUCCGGGAUACCCAUGACACGGCACCCGUGUUCAAAGACGUGAACGUAUUUGACCCCGACCGCUUCGGUCAGGCUCGGAGUGAAGACAAGGAUGGCCGCUUCCAUUACCUCCCUUUCGGUGGUGGGGUCCGGACCUGCCUGGGCAAGCACCUGGCCAAGCUGUUCCUGAAGGUGCUGGCGGUGGAGCUGGCCAGCACGAGCCGCUUUGAGCUGGCUUCCCGGACCUUCCCCCGCAUCACCUUGGUCCCUGUUCUGCACCCCGUGGAUGGCCUCAGUGUCAAGUUCUUUGGCCUGGACUCCAACCAGAACAAGAUCCUGCCAGAGACGGAGGCCAUGCUGAGCGCCACAGUCUAACAGGACCUGGCCCACGCCCCCACCUCAGCCCAGCCAGGCCGGGGUGGGAGGAGACGGAAGGGUAGAAACCUGUGUGUGGGAGGGAGCUGGAACCCGGGGAAGGGGGAGCGGCCCUCAUACCUUGCCCUCCCCUGUCCCCCAACCCUGGCAAACCCUACCCAAAGCCAAAAGGGCCUCAUUCUUCUGGGGGACGGGGCACUCCUCCUGGCCCCUGCUUUUCCCAGUCUCUCUCCAGUUCCCACCAGCUGAGUUCCUGGGACAGGGCAUGGCUGGGGGCUCUGCAUGCCCACUACAGUGUUACACGUCAGUCAGCUCACACUGCAGCAUUUGCCUGUGAUGUUCCCCACUGGUCCCUCCCCUCCCAUCUCAUUUGGACCCUUUUAGUUUGAGGUCAAGUGGUUGACAUGGGGUGGGGGAGGAAAAGAGGUGGCCUCUUCAGCACCCUGCUCCCCCUCCUGCUUCUACUCAGACUGGGGCACAUGCCCCCCUGGGUGUGCGCCAAGGAACAGUGUUCUGGUAUAGAACAUAGCCACUCUUGGCGGGGGCAGGGGUUACAGCCAGCCUGGAGGGAUCCCACCCCUUUGCCAGUUUGGACAUUUGAAAUUACCUAUUGCUGCUACUUUUUCUCUCCUCUGACCUUGGGGCAAAGGAGCCCCAGGCUCUGUCCUGCCAGCACCUCCCUGGUGGCCCUGGGCGUGCACACAGCACUGACAUCCACACCUUCCCACCAGGCAGCCUUGAGCCCACUCUGCUCCCCUGUUCCACACACCCAAGGUCCUUGGCUUGUAUUUAUUCACUGAUAUAACCGAAUCUUGAUGUUACCGGGGACUGGAAUAGGAUCUCCUCUGUCCCCUAGCCUCCAUCCCAGCUGUCCUGGGGAAGGACUUCUGCGAGUGACCCAGCCCUCCCUGGCUGAGGGUUGAGCAGCUCCCCCAGGCUCUAGAUUUUCUGUGGGUUCAACUUCAGAGCUGCACUCCUGGGGUCAAAUCCAGCGCCUCUGCCUUUGUGCCCUGGUGGAGAUGGGGAGACGACCCAAUGCCUCCCUCCCUGCUCUGGCAAAACUGUGAGGAUUGGAGGCUGCCACCAUCUCCUGCACAGUCACUGUUCUCCCGCUGCCCCCCACUCAGCUAGUGAGUAUGGGGAAGGAUACGGGUUCUUUCUUCUGAUGGGGAGCAAGGGCCUCUAUUGUCCCUUCCUUAACCCUCACCCUUUGUCCUUGGAAAGAUGUCCUUGAAGUCCCUUCCCACCUCUAUGCCACUGUCUGCUUAGCCCAGCUCAGGGGUGUGGGGACGAGAUGAAAGCAAGGGGAGGUGAGUCUGGAAGGCAGCGCUUCCUCUGAGCUGACUCAGGCCUCUGCCCUGGUCUAGAGGCAGCUGCGGGGGAGGCUGCAGAGCCGAGGAGGAGGGUAUGUGUGAUUUGUCAGAAGAGAUUUGCUUGAAAACUGGCUGGCCAGGGGAAAGAGGAGUAGUUUCUGCCACCGGCAUUUUGAGUGUUGGCAAUGUAGAAUGCCUCCCGGGGCUGGUUUGGGACCUUUGGUGAGUCUUCAGUGAUUUUGUCUGUUUUUGGAUUUUUCUUCACUUUCUAAUGUUUCUCUGUUGGCUUUUGUUGUUAUAAGAAAAGUGAAUCCUCUUUAUAAGAAUAUCAGCAACACAGAAGAAGAUGUAGGACAUUAAUCCCCCUAAUGGCCUCUCCAAGCAGUGACCACUGUUACUGCUCAGUGGCCGCCUCUGAUGGUGUCGAAUGGGCGGAUCAGAUGGCGCCCCCCCCCCAACUCUCGCCCCCACUCACACCGACCUGGUGGGAGACUUUACAGGAAAGGGCUCAAAGGCCCCUAACCCCACCCCCCGGACUGUCCUAUAACCCCCUGUUCUCAAGUGUUUCAUUUGGUUCCUACUUUUUCACUGUUAAAAAAAACUGUAUUCCUAACAUUAUUGGCAACAAUAGACAUUUUGAAAAACGUAGUAACAUCUCUCCGUUUCUCCACAUUCUGAAAAACAGGCAAAACUGAGUAAAGACUCUUCAAAGCUUGUAAAAUAGCUGCAUGGUGCACCCACAAAAAAUCCCAGUGUCUGGAAGGUUCAUGUGCCUUCAAGUUGAUCCAGCUUGCCCCAAACCAUCGGGUCUUGACUGAGUAUCUAGGAAUGCAGUAAGUGCAGCUUCAGACAGGAAGCCCACCGGGCCUGACCCUGGAGAGGGGCGGGGGACUGGAAGGCUCUGGAAAGCUUCAGUGUCCUUCUGUUGGAGUGACAGCCUGGGAGAGGCAGAGACAAGGCUGAGGGGGAUCCCUGUGAGGGAGGAAAGAAGGAUCAUUUGUCCCGCUGGGUCUCAAAGGCAACAAGUGGAGAACUGAAGAAAGCUCUUGACUGGCUGACAGGAGGGUUCCAAUGUCAAAAUUCAUCCAUCUCUCCUCUGUGUGUGUGUGUGUGUGUGUGUGUGUGUGUGUGUGUGUAGGUUUUAUAGACAUAGCAUUAGAUGGGUGAUGUUUUCUCACUUAACCAUUCCUAACUAUUGUAACUUGACGUUAAAAAGACAAAACCCCACAAAACUCUUCCUGCCACGGGCUUGCAGAUUGAAGCACUUUCGAAUUUGGGCGCUGGCGUUUGUAUUCUGGGCACCAUCCUGACCCUGCCCAGAUGGCUAUAAUAUUUUAUACACAAAACUUUUUUUUUCAUAAAUGUUAUAAUUUUGUGUCUGUCUUUAUAAACUAUUAUAAGUACUAUUUUUGUUAUAAUUCAAAAUAGAUAUUUAGUAUAAAGUUUUUGCUGUUAAAUAUUUGUUAUUUAGUAAAAUAUGAAUUUUUCUCUAUUGUAAACAUGGUUCAAAAUAUUAAUAUGUUUUUAUCACAGUUGUUUUAAUAUUGAAAAAGCACUUGUGUGUUUUGUUGUGAUGUGAAACUUGUGCCGUGUGAGUGUUUUUGCUGUCAUGUGGUCUUAAUCUGUAUAUAAUAUUCCAUGUUGCAUAUUAAAAAAUGAAUGUUGUGCAUUUUGUGAUUUUGAAAGUACUCAUUGUGGCUCUUUUAUAGGCUUCCAUAAUAAACCGUGGGGACUCAC